CACCACGACAUGAUUUGGGUAAGAAAUUUGACAGAAAUAUUGAAGCUGCGUUGCUGACGGGAUGGGACUGAGCAGGCUAUUGUGUUUCCUGGCUGUUGUCGCCGGACUCCAGGCAGGUGCGCCCGCCGUCAGGAAUGUCAUCGACGACCAGAUCAUCGCCGCCCUCGAGAACUUCAGGGCCCACAUGCUGGACGGAUGGCCCGAGCUGGGGAUUCCGCCUCUGGAUCCGAUGCUUCUGCCGGAAGUCAAUAUUAACGUGACUUCCGGGACCACGCACCUGCAUGGUUUUCUCACCAACCUGACCAUCAACCAACUGUCGACCUUCACCAUCGACACCGUGCACAGCAACAUCCUCUUCUUCACCGUCGACGUCUCCUUAGGUCUCCCGAUGCUCGACUUCGCUGGUAGCUAUGACGUCGGGGGCGCCAUCGACGUCCUCCCGAUCUAUGGCACAGGACCCUUCUGGAUGGACGCUUUCGGCCUGAAGAUGUCGAUCGCGAUCAAGCUGGGAGAAACUGAAGUCGGUUUCGGGGUUUCAAAUCUGGACCUGAGCUUCGAUGUGAAUUCUACCGAUAUCCACUUCGAGAACAUCAUGGGCGGAGGAGACAUGGAGGACUUCGUCAACGGCGUCCUCAGUUCCCUGGGACCCGACAUCCUGAAGGAGUUGGAAAAAGUCUACGUGCCGUGGCUGGAGGAGGCACUGAGGAAGGAGAUUAAUGAUGUCCUACACGGAAGUUCAAGAGAUUCAAAAGACGAGACAGUUAAUGAUUUCUUCGACCUCCUCUUCGCCAACAUGAGACAGAGCAUCAUAGAAAACGGACAAGAUCCCCUUUCUCUCCCGAGUGAUAGGGAUAACUUUACUGUUUUGCUUUUCAACACGACAAUGGACGGCGAAAUGAGUAUUAGCGGAGGUCAUCUCGCCGGCCUGUCCACUGUGCACAGGGCGGGCAACAUGACCCUUCUGUACGUGGGCGAGCAGGACGAAGUCGUUUGGGGGGGAGAGGUGGGACUCAUUGACCUGGAGGCGGACUACACCUUCGGCCUCGUCCUCGCUCUCUUCGGCAAGGACCUCGGGCUCUCUCUCAAGAUGUCCUACGUGCAUCUGAGCUUCGAAACGGACGUCUUCCUUCAUCAGGCGAAUGUGACUUUCGCGCACUGCAAUAUCACCGAACUCGGCCCUCUACAUUUCAAGGAAAAGGGGGCGGGGCCUUUGGACACGCCCCUUUACAACAUCCUCGCCAACACCCUCCUCGGCGAACUGAAGGGCCUCGUCACGUCGGCCGUGGAGGGCGUCAUCUGCUCUCUCCUGGAGGGCGCCUUUGCCUCGUCGUGAGCGAGGGGGUGAGGGAAGGAAGGGAGAAGGAAGGAGGGGAGGA